GUUUUCAUUGCCCCAAUUUCGCCUCACUUAUUAUUCAAAACAGUCGAUGUAGAUUUUCACACUGGUGGACACACGAUGGAUGAUUUAACGAAGAGCUACCGAUUGCAUUCGCUGUAAAACACAUGUCGGUUACCAUUGAAGGAAUACGUUCUUCUAUUUCCUCAGGGUGAUUUAUCAUGGAUUUUGUUAUCCUAAAGGUUAACGGGCAAGAUCUUCGCAAUGCGACCCACGAACAAGCCAUACAAGCAUUUCGACAUGCUCAAGAACCUAUUAUGGUCGAAGUAUCUCGACGCGAUGCAGAUCAUUCUUCGAGGUCCUCCCAACCAAAGUCCCCAGAUGUCCGCAGAUGUGAUGCCGUGAAUGAAAGAAUGGAUGCGAUUAUACAAACCGAGGCCAGUCCAGAAGAAGCCACCUUAGCUGCUAUGGCUGCCGCAGCGUGUACUGCCGAAAAAAUUCGCGCAGCCUUGAGUUUGCAUUCAAAUAGCAAUUCCAGUUCCAACGCUGUUUAUUCUUCUGCUGUCUCUGGUCUAUUGGAUAUCGUGGAGCUGGCUGCAGAAGAAGACGCUGAGGACGACGAUCUGGAAGAUGAUUUUGAAGAUGAGGAGGAGGAAUGUAUCUAUCAGAUGAACGAAUUAUUUCCAGUCGGAUUAUCAGGACAUCUGCCAUCCUCUCAGCUUGUCGCAAACCAUGCAAUGGACUGCAAAGAACAUGAGCUUCAAACUUGUCCAUGCAAGGAUACCGUCAACGCAGAAUAUGACAGAGCGGAAGUUUCCCAUGCACUAUGCAUUCCAACAGGUCAAGUUACGCAAAGCCACUUUCAAAACAAAUCAGAAGGAACAUGUCAGGUUGCUUCGUUAGCCGGGCUUGCAUUUCUGGAGGUGAAUUUAUCAAAAAGUCCUCCGGAUGAAAAAUUUGGCCUAACGCUGUGCUAUCAGAACGGAGAAAAGGAAGAUGAUGAAUGUGAAGUGUAUGUUGGUGAGAUCGAACCAAACAGUGUUGCCUCACGUGGCGCCGGAUUGGAGGUGGGUGACCGCAUAAUCAAAAUUAACGGGCAGUUAAUUCGGACUCGGAGACAGGUCGUUGAACUGUUUAGAGCAAGCACAAAGACGGCUACAUUGUUGAUCGUUCGUCAUGCGCCAUCGAACGGGCCGCAGGCGAAAGGUAUUACGUUCCCGAAAGAAUCGAUACCAUUGUUGAUGGAACAAGGAGCAGAGCAACCGACAAAGCCUAAAGCCAAAGAAUGCCCGAAUUUCUGUUCUUUCAAGCGGCCUGAUCAAGAUUCUGGAACCGGACGAACUACUGACGAAAGCGCCCCAACCGAAGAAAGUUCUGAACAGGAACUUGAACCAGAUCAAAAAAUCAUUGACAUGAUCAGUGGAGAAUUCCCAGCCAGCCAAAUCCCAUGUGGCUCCUUAGAUAAGGCUGAAACGGCAUUGUCCAUCAGUCCCACGUUAACUGUGGGCGACGUGUUUGCCAGCUACAACCCCGUAGAUCCAAUUGACCAAGAACUUGUGCGACUAGGAAGGUUGAUGCAGUCGCUCGCAGUCCACUGCCGUCGGCUUGUGCACACUAAGAUGAUCUUCCACAACAGCCAGCUGACACAUGAUUCAAUCGACGUGCAAGCCGAACCACCCAGCAUCGCCAAAGUAAAUGAUCCUGUGGACGAAAAGAUUUGCACAGCAUGUCCCCAGAUUGACCCUGUUUCCCAGACUAGUGCAUCCACACACAGUUCACCUAUGAAACGUAAUACAGUUGAGACCGCUUGUGUCACUCCACGUGUUCCUCGAAUGGGAACUCGUGGAGUGGAACUCUCAAGUAGUAUUCUGCAAAUCCACAAUGAGCAACGAUCCGGUGCACAAUCCCGUAUUACCCAAGUGGAGUCCAAUACCACGGUACCAGAAAAAGUUCCCGGCUAUCCACAGAACAAUGAGAUACAAACUUCCGUUAUCAAAAAACCUCCUGAUUUAGCAGACCCUCGUCUUUCAUACGAACGAAAUCUAGAGCUGAUUGAUGUUUAUCCUGAAGCCCUUUGUGAUCAGCGCAAUCCAAGUGGUCAGACCAGUGCAUACUGUACGGGAGAGAGUAUGAAAAGUCAAAGUGAAACCCCCGGAGUCGGCAUUCGACUUUGGAACCCUGCGCACCAUGCCUCACGUGUGGCGAAUGCAAAAAUUAACAUGAGUUUGGCAAGUGAUGCGUUGCAAGAAAAGAGCCGGUACGGUGAUGUGGUUGCUUCACUGUCGGAUCUGGGAGGUUCAUUGCUCUCAUUGGCUGCCGCCAUACCUAGCAACCCCCAAAUCUUCUCCACUCCCAGCGAAGUGAACAUCGGUCCCCACUUACUUGCAGAGUCGCUGAGCCCAGUGUCCAUCUGGUCCAUCGACGGAAGCUCGCAAUCCAACCAGCGUUUUACUGGUCGCAUGAGUGUACCGUCAGUUCCAAGUCAAUCCACUCCAGAAGGAUCGAGAGAACAACUUCCAACAUCUGGUGCUUCCGAGCUAGAAGGCAGCUAUAACAAUCGCAGUCGACCUUCUGGUACAUCCAAUAUUUCAUCUUCCGAAAGCCUGAGCGUUACUGAUAGUCUGCCUAGUGCCUCAAAAUCAUCUUAUGACAAGAUAUCACAUCGUUUGGGGGACCGCAGUGGUCGGCCUGGUCCAAUGUCGUGCCGAGAUCCGGAUAAAAAUCCGGGCGGCGUAACAAAUUUUACAGAUAUCAACGACAGUGUUUGUCCAACUGGAUCACCGCAAGAUUUUUCUUCUAAAGAGAAAUCAAUCGACACAGGAAGAAGACUUCUGACACAUCGUUCUUCAUCCCAUACACAGCGGCAGUCCUCAGAUCGGUUGAGGUCACGUGAUCACUCCGUUAAACGUGCACAAACACAACAGUCCAUUCAGCAACAUAAUCCAAAGCGCGACCCAAACGAUUCUCGCAGAGACCGCCCAGGUCACCCAAUAGACGACAACCACCACGCAAAUCCCAGUUUUCCUAAUUCCAGUUCGACGUCCCAGAUGGUCAAUUGUGUAUGUCCAGAUUUAUUCCCACCCAGAGCACACUGCAAUUAUCCACACAGCAGAUUUCCACUUCAAACACCUCCACUAACCUGUGUUCGACCAACCACAUGCUAUACCCACCCAACCUGUUCUGUGGUCAGUCCUUCAGGUUCGACUGAGCAAGUCGGACACGCGUACGAAUUUUACGACCGCUUCGGUUCUCCCAGAUGGACAGUAACAAAUUAUGGCCACCCAUCACCACGUGUUUCCGAUGUUUCCGCCAAAUACGAACAACCAAGAAUUUCGUUGGCUAAAGAAUUUCCAGACACAUGUGUUCAGGUGAACGACUCUGCCGCUUCAGACAUAUACGAAACGCCUUAUGCAUCCGUCACCGUGGACGACCAACCAAUAGGUGAACACACUGAAUGGAAUUCGAAAGCACUUUUUGACGGUGCAAAAUCAUCGACGCCUUGCCAUAUCAAUGCCGUAAAUUCCGGUUACCAUAUAUCGACGAAUUCUAAAACGGCAACGACCCUUCCGACCAUCAGUAAUUUGAAUGAGUUAUCCACCUACGCAUCGUUGUUUACCGCAUUCAGCCAUUUCACAUCCACAGCCCACUCGUUUUACUUACCCUGCCCACAAGUGCCUCCUAUUUACUCCUCCGCUCAAGGACAGAAUGGUCCAAUGGCCAAUGAAUUUGUGCCUCCUAUUUACUCCUCCGCUCAAGGACAGAAUGGUCCAAUGGCCAAUGAAUUUGGUGUCCCGGUCGGAGCCCGCCCACCGUUUAUUACUGUACCGCUGAAUGUAAUGGAGUGGGUAGUGAAAAAACGUCCUGACGGCACACGCUACAUUACUCGGAGACCUAUUCGAAACCGCCUGCUUAAAGAGCGUGCUAAAAGAGUCGCAGAGGAGCGCUGCGGUAUGACUACAGAUGAUGAUGCCGCUAGCGAACUGAAAACAGGGCGGUAUUGGAAUAGAACAGAACGUCGGAAACAAAUGGAAAAAUCGCGUGCUGAUCGACGAAAACGUCAACCGGGUAACUCACCAUCACGGCGUGUCAGUUUACACACGAGAAAAGAAGAAACACUGGAAAACCAGACGAAUCGGACAACAGGACAAACGAAUGGGCUGGUGAACAUGACGACUGUCUAACUCGAUACACUUCAUAACCCCUCCCCAAACGCUGGAUCUGUUUUACAUGCUAACGGACUGUAUAUCCUUUCUGAGAUUGAGUUUGCUAUGGCGUCCGCAUAGACGUAGAUGAUGAUGUUGAGGACAACUAGUGAGUGCACAGCAGAUCAAACCACUCUCCAAAUCUGAUUUUUGUUCUUUUGUUUUCCUACUUUACCUUUAAACGAGUCCUCCAACUUACAUUGAUAAUUAAGAAACCGCUACUUCGUUUCACCUUGAUUAUUCAGAAUAUUCUGCCGCAUGUACAUAACUACACAAUAAAAU